CACUGUGCAAGCACAAGAAUGCUCUGGCCUUCUUGGCAUCACUGGGGCUGAGAAGUCUUCCAUUUUCAAAGUGCUGACUGGGCAGAAGCCCAUAACCUCUGGGGACGACUUUGUCAAGGGCCUCAGCAUCAGCUCUGAUGUAGGGAAGGAACCUGAAAUUCAGCGGGCCCCAAGUCUCCCCACAGCUCCGUAACCUCCUCUUACUUCCUCCCUCGUGCUUCCUGGGGGAGUGAGUGGUACACAUCCUCCUGCUGUUCAAGGCACCUCUCCAGACAUCCAGUCAAACAGUCUGUGGAUGCUCUCCCAGCAGCUCUUGAAUCUGCUGCCUCUGGACCCAGUCCUCCUGCACUCCCCCUAGCUGAGGAGACUCCUGAUGUUCAGUCUGUGUUUUCCAGACUGUGUUCGCCAGGCAUGGUGGUGGGUGCCUCUGAUCCCAGCUUUUUAAGAGGCUGAGGCAGGAGAAUCACUUGAACUCAUCUGCAGCAUUCAUAAUGCUGGCCUUUUCUGCCUUCAAACUCUAGCCUUCCUCUGUUAACUUCUGUAGCUUUCCCCGCUCCUGGUCUUCUCAGUCACUGACACGUCCUUCUCAGAAAGGAGUCUUCUCUUUCAUCUGCCCCUUACAUUUCUCAGGGGCUGCAUCAUCAGCCACGUCUUUCUCACUCCCGAUGCACUGUCCUGCCUGUUGGCUUCUCACUGUUGUGGCUCCUGUUAACAUCUGUCUGUGGAUGCCUCCCCAGUAGGCACACCCCAGCCCACUCCAGCCCUGUGCUUCAGUCCUGCACGUUGAUGCCUUCUCAUCAGCCUUCUUUGGGCAUCUCGAAAAUGUUUCAAACUUGAACUUAAUAUCUACUCCUAAACCUGACCCACUCUUGGAGUCUCUAUCUCAAUGUUGUCACUGGUUCAAUGAGACACUUCUUGAAGGCCUUGUGUGCCCAGCUGUUGUGCUAGACCCAGUGGUUCUCACUUGCAAGGGGCUCAUCAGCACAUGAACAAGCCAUUGCCAUGAGGUAAGUGCAUAGCCGAGGUGGGGGUGGUGCAGAGGGGAUGCGGUGAAAGGCGCCCAGAGAGACCGCACUGCAGAGGUACGAUCAGAGUUGUACUCUUCACAGCAGACGCAUGCAUGAGUCACUAUUACCAAGAAGUUUAUCAAGCCGACCUCGAUGUUCAUGCCCUAAUCAUGUAGAGAGAAAGCAGAAGAACCUACCCAGUCUAGUUCCAGAAUCCGCACCCUCAGUUGCCACUCUAUGUUGUCUUUCGGUAUACCUAGCUUAGUUGGACAAUUAUAACCAACAUAAGCCCUCCUUGGUCAUGAAAUAUUCACUAUUAAUUUUGACUUUUUAUUACUUUAAAAAUCGUGGUGAAGGUCUUCUAGUAAUGGCAAACGAGGAAAUUCUGGCCCCUCCUGCUGAAGAUAACUAGAAAAACUGGGCCAAUGUUAAAAACAUGUUUGAAAGCUUCAGAAAGCUAACAAGAUAGUGAAGACUUACUGGGCCAGGAGGAAGAAGAAGAUAGAGGCUCAGAUACGGCGGUGGAUUGGUUACUGUCCUCAGUUUGAUGCUCUGCUGAACUUCACGACAGGCCAUGUGAUGCUGGUCAUGUAUGCCUGGAUCUGGGGCAUCCCAGAGCGCCACAUCACUGCUUGUGUGGACCAGAUUCUUGAGGAUUUAGUCAGCAGUGGUAACAAGCAGAAGCUGAGCACUGGCAUUGCCCUGAUCAGAGAGCCUGCCAUCAUCUUCCUGGACGAGCUGUCCACUGGCAUGGACCCGUGGCCUGGCACCUGCUUUGGAAUGCUGUGGCAUGAGCCGGCGAGCCCAGCAAGGCCAUCAUCAUCACCUCCUACAGCCUUUGGCAUCCCCAGCCCUGUCUGAGGCCCCGCCCUCUCCCCAACAUGGAGGAGUGUGAGGCCCUGUGCACCCAGCUGGCCAUGAUGGUG